GCUGGCGUGCUCGCGGCGGCCACUGCCCGCGCCGUUCGCCAGGGCCGGUGCGCGGGCCGCCCGGGCUCCCGCGGCGUGGUGUGGCGGAGGGCGAGCAGCAUAUGGGACAUCGACGAAGAGGCCCAGGGGGACGACGUGCUGGGGGCCCUGGGCGCGGCUCGGCCGCGGUCUGGAGAGACCAGCGUGUUCGAGGAGGGCGCCAAGCUGAGCACCGCUGUGAUGGCCAACGCCACCAGGUACGUAGCGGUCGCGCCGUGGAACGAAGACGUCAAGGCGAAGCCAAUUUUCGUGGCGUCCGACAGCACCGGCGCCGCCGCGAGCUGCCUGGCCGAGACCGCCUUUUGCCAGUUCGGCUCUCCCGACAAGGUUGGCGUCGAGGUGGCCCCGGGCGUCCGGUCCGAGCAGGCCGUCCGCGACGUGGUCGCCCGCGCCGCCGCGAUGGCGCCGCCGGGCUCCCUGGCGGUGGAGAAGAAGGGCGCGUUCCUCCUGUACACGCUGGCCAGCAGGCGCCUGAGCAAGCUGAUGGCCGAGGAGUGCCACCGGCGCGGAGUUCCCUGUAUCGACGCGCUCGAGCCCGUGCUGGCGGCCAUGGAGAGGCGACUUGGGCCGCGGCGCAGCCCGGCACCAGAGGGCGCCUCGGCGGAGGGCCGCGGCUCUUGCCCGCACCAUCUUCGCGGUCUCAGAUGGGUCCGGCUCGAACGUGUGCCAGGCUGUGCGCGCCGCCCUGCGGCAGUUCCCUGGCCACGGCGUCGGCGACCUCACGGUCUGCAGCGGCGUCUCCACCGUGGAGGAG